CAGAAGUUGUUGCACUUUGUCCCCUAUUGCAAAUUUACGUGAACUUUGUCCAUUUUGUACUUUAAGAAUCUUCACAGUAGGAGCAAACGCUGCUUGAGAAAUUCUACCCAGUCUUUCUGUGUCCUAUUUUGGGUAGUUCAAGUGAAAUUGAGCUGAGUUUUAUAUCAUAUUAUUUUCCUAUCUAAUUUGAUGAACACGCCCACUUGAGUGUAAAAAGUUGGCUCGGCGAAAAAAAAGAGAGAUUAUUUCUUAAGUUCCAACAUGGCGACAGAAGGGACGGAGAGAACCGGUCUUGUAGCAGAGGGAGAGAACUUUACUCUAGACGGAAAGCCCGUACAGCUACUGAGCGGAGCUAUCCACUAUUUCAGGGUCCCAAGAGAAUACUGGCGAGACAGGAUGCUCAAGUUGAAAGCCUGUGGACUCAACACCUUGGAAACCUGGUUACUGAGAGACCCAAACAUGCGGGUUCGCACCACGUACCAACCCUACAUGGAGGCAGUGGAGAGGUUCUUUGAUGCCCUCCUACCCAUCAUCAAACCAUUCCAGUAUAAAGAAGGUGGACCCAUCAUUGCUGUGCAGGUGGAAAACGAGUAUGGUUCCUACGCUAGGGACGACAAAUAUCUGACCGCUGUCAAACAGGCCAUCCAAAACAGAGGCAUUGAGGAGCUACUACUGACUUCUGAUGGAGGUGACAUUGGAAGAUUGGAGAGGGGUUGCAUCCCAGGGGUGCUGAUGACAGCAAACUUCAACUUCAAUCCCAAAAAACAGCUGGGUGCUCUCAAAAAGAUCCAGCCCAAUCGUCCCAUGAUGGUGAUGGAGUUUUGGUCAGGCUGGUUUGACCACUGGGGCAGAGACCACCACAAACUACAUGUGGAAAAGUUUGAGCAGUUGUUAGGAGACAUUCUGAGGCUACGAUCUUCUGUCAACUUCUACAUGUUCCACGGAGGCACCAACUUUGGAUUCAUGAACGGAGCCAACUACAUCAACGGGUACAAACCAGAUGUCACCAGUUACGACUAUGAUGCUCCACUGUCAGAAGCAGGAGAUCCAACCCCAAAGUACCACAAAACAAGGGAACUCCUGCAGACACUGGCAAUGGAGGGAGCAGUUCCAAGUGAGUUGCCUGAUGUUCCACCAGCUACAGAGAAAAGCAGCUAUGGUCCAUUUCCUGUUGAAAAAUACAUCACAUUUGAAGAUGCCUUAAAGGUGCUGGGGGAGCCAAUCAGGAGUGAGAAGGUGAUGUCCAUGGAGAUGCUCCCCAUCAACAAUGACAACGGGCAGUCGUAUGGCUACAUCCUGUACAGGCACAAACUUACCCACACACCGGCCACAGAGUCUGUCACUCUCAAGUGUGAUGUCAGGGACAGAGCACAGAUAUUUGUGAAUGGUAAGGAGUCAGGCAUGCUGAACUGGAGAGUUGGAGAGAUCACUUUGUCAGGGUUCAAGGAGAACGACAUUCUGGACAUCCUAGUAGAGAACCAGGGCAGGGUAAACUUUGCCCAGACCAUGGACGGAGUCAAGAAGUUUUUGUUGGAGAGUGUGACUGGAGUGAACAGGGGGGAUGCACUGUUGGACCAAAGGAAAGGACUUGUAGGAGAGGUACUGCUGAACACUGACCCACUAGAGACCUGGGAAAUCUUCCCUCUGGAGCUCAAGCCAGAAUUCCAAACAAGGUUAGUGGAGUCACCAGACUGGAAGGAACUGACUGAUGCAGCAGAAAUACCCUUCCCAUCAUUCCAUCUGAUCAACUUCUCCAUCCCUGAAGACCCCAAGGACACAUUUCUGGACAUGAAGAAGGGAUGGGGGAAGGGUGUGGCCAUCUUGAAUGGUUUUAAUCUGGGGAGGUACUGGCACAUCGGACCUCAGGAGACACUAUAUGUCCCUGCACCAUUCCUCAAGCAAGGAGACAAUCAGCUCCUGUUGUUUGAGCAGCAUGUCCCUUACAAGGAAGUGUUCUUCACGGACACCCCUCGGCUGGGGAAGGAGAAGGAGGUGUCCUGUGUUCCUCUUUAGAAGUAGAGUAAAGGUCACUAUUUCGUGCUGCCCAGAAGGCCCAUUCUGAGACACCGUUAACAAGCACAAUCCAAACCAACUGAAAGCAGCCUUUUUCUUGGUAUGUGUGGAUACUACUCAAGUAGUGAACACUCAAGUAGGUGAUUUUUGACAGCUCAGUUCUUAGAUGUUUUCCAUAAUUUCAACAUGGACUGGAAAUAGUGGUCUGUGCCCAGUAAUCUUAGACAGUAGGAGCCUGUUUGGAUAUGGAAUUCAUCUAGCCUGGAUGCCUGCCUUUUUAUUUGUAGCACACCUGCUUGAUGCUUCCAUGCUACCAAAAGACUGGAACCAUAAAUGGUAAUUGAUUGUAAUGUAUGGUACUUGUUUCCAGAAACAUAUAUCUGCAUAGGGUGGAGAUUUCUGCAGAAAUCUGUAGAAAUAAUCUGAUCCCUAGGGCAUUAUCACUGUUAUCUACAUGUACAUAGUUGUUGUCAUCCUCUAUGUCACAAUAUCAUGAAUAUGCAAUGUCAAAUGUUCAGAGGACAAACUAUGCUUUAAAAGUGAGAGGUAGUCUGCAAUAAGAGUAUCUGCCCGGAAUUAUAGUGUCCCGCAUAUUUUGCAGAAGCAAAACAAUAUUUUAACGAAUAAAAUUAGUACAUAUAUAUUUAAUUUAUGUUUUGUGAAAUAUG